AUGGUGUUUUUUCGUGCCCACAAUUUCUUCGUCUGGGCCAUGCAAGCAGAGUCCGAAGAGCAACGAUAUAGGUCCAUCGAGAAUCAUCUCAAAGCAAGGGUCGAUCAGAGUGUGGUCGAUCAAACGUUUUACCAGGCUUGCCACGAUCUACUUACCGCAGAUGAGAUACCAGUCGCCAGCUUGACGGAAGAGGUUCGCAACACUCUUAUGGAAAACUUCAACGAGAUAGAUAACACAACCUGGCCAAAGCUCAUGUAUACACUGCGAGCCCAUACGGAAAACCGACUUGUUGAUCCUAGGGCCUUUCUAAGCACGCCCAUUAACAAUCAACUGGUGCAGAUAGCGAGGCAAGUAACAGCCAUGAUAGGGAAUCGCCUUGAACACUUCCGAGUCAUUCAGUUUCCGUUCAUGUGUCGUGGUAGGUGGUUUCUCGGAUACUCCCCUGGAACCUUUAUUUUCCGAUACUCGAACUCCUUACCGUUCACUGAAGGAGUGAACAACACCCCGGGCCACAUGAACUUCAAAUUCGAAGGCCAAGUCCCUCGAAGCUCCUAUGAGCAUAAGCUACGACUCGAAUCCCUCUGGAAGCCAGCCUCGGAAUUGUUCAUCAGCACGAUUCAGUUGUUCGUCGGCAGAAGUCACAGAGCCAGAUACCCGAGACAGGACUUCCUACGCACAAGAGGGAUGAUAGGUCCUGAUAUGUUCAAGCCCAUCCUGGAGGAUUGGAUAUCUUGUUCCCAAGGAAGCAAUUUCGUGUUUCCGGGCCAAGAUACGAAAGACAGCAUUUUGAGACAUGUAGUGGCCCAAGAGCUUGCGUGGCUUUUGCUUCAACUCAAAGAUGUGCCUGAAAUCUACGAAGGUGUUCAUUCGCAGGAACUAGAGAACCUUCUCACAGCUGCCACCGGUAUAUCACUACAAGAUCUUGCAGACCACUGGAACACCACGCUGGGAUCAAUGGCGUGGGGGCAGUUCUGUAGUGGGAAUCGUGGAGAGCUCUUUAUUUACGAAAAUCAGGGGCAAUUGGACAUCUGGAGCCUCUACAAUAAUCAAACCUUCAAAUACGACUGUCUCAACCCAAGUGUCGAGCAUAACUUGCCCCAGUUGAGAGACUGCCGAGCUGCACUCCAACCAUACGAUCAAUUGAUUCAGGAAAGACUGCGUCAGGCCCACGAAGAAGCCGAACAAAGCGAACAAGUCUCGGCCCAACCAUUCAAUGCGCCUUUCCCUACACAGAAUUAA